AUGGACAAAUCACUCGGCCUGAUCUUCCUGUUGAUCUGUGUGGGGUUAGUGGGUCACAUGACACCAUGGCUUUUCAUGGAGAAACUGGCAAACUCUAAGAUCUGUGCAGACAAGGACUGUUCAUACGUGAUUUCAAUGGCUCAAGCUCUUGAAGACUAUGUGGCUUCAGACUGCAGAUACAUCAACCUGAGACGUGGCCAGAUGAUCUAUGUGUUUUCUAAACUCAAGCCUGCAGAGGGAGCCGGAGUCUUCUGGUCUGGAAGUGUCUACGGUGAGCGCUAUGUGUACCAGAUGGGUGUGAUUGGAUAUUUCCCCAGUAACUAUGUCAAUGAGACACAUGUUUUUCAGAAGAAAACGGUUGAGAUCCCAACCACUGUGAGUAGUUAUCUACUGCUUUUCACAUCAUAG